UACAUAGGAUUUUGGUGCAAACGAUGAAUACUCAGCAAUAUAGCCAAACUAUGAUUUUCUGGUGAAGUUCCCUUUCUGGUUACACUGUUGCAUUGCAUACCUUGAGUAUCAUAGCCAAAAUCGAAGCUCACCCCAGAAGUAGACUCAGAUUCGUUCACAAUGGCUCACCCGGAAACUGUGAAUUUUGCUCGGAAUUUCGCUGUUAUGGUCAGAGUUCGUGGUCCUGACCCGAAAGGGAUGAAGAUGAGAAAACACGCUUUUCAUCAAUAUCGUUCUGGUGAAACAACUCUAUCAGCUUCAGGGAUGCUUGUUCCUCAUACCCUUUGUGACCCUCAAGUAGCUAGGCGUCUCUAUGGUGAUAACAGUGAGGGUAGGGUGAUGGUUGUGACGGUUGCUUCUGUUGUUGAACCUUUUCUGUCUCCUCAACAGAGAGACAAUAUUCCCCAGGGUAGGCCUGACUUGAUUUCUGGUGUUCGGAUCGAUAUUAUGACGGAGGAAACCAAUGAAAAAUCUGAUCAUGGAUUGACUCCUGGUUGGCAUGGGGCUCAGCUUUUAUCUUUGUUUGAUAUUCCUGCUUCAGCCCUUGGUGUCCAGUCACUUAUUGAAGCAUCUUUGGGCUUCUCAGAGCAUGAAUGGGAGAUUGGUUGGUCGUUGGCAUCUUCUAGUAAUGAUUCUAAACCUUCUAGAGACUUUCUUCAAACUCAGGGAAGAUUGGCAGUGGGAGGAUCUGGUAGUGCAAGCCUUUUGUGUAAAUCACUGACUAGAAUGGCCAUUCUUAGUGUUUCUUUAUCUCUCAAGGAUUCACUGGAUAGUAGCGUAUGUUCCAUGAUUAAAAGGGGUGAUUUUCUUCUGGCAAUUGGGUCUCCAUUUGGAGUCCUGUCACCUACGCACUUCUUUAACAGUAUAUCAAUUGGAUGCAUUUCAAACUGCUAUCCUCCUAACUCAUCAGAUGGAUCUUUGCUGAUGGCUGACAUACGCACUCUUCCUGGAAUGGAAGGCAGUCCAGUUUUCAGUGAGCAUGCAUGUCUCACUGGUGUCCUGAUUAGACCAUUGAGGCAGAAAACCAGUGGAGUUGAAACCCAGCUGGUGAUUCCAUGGGAAGCCAUUGUGACUGCUUCUAGUGGCUUGCUGCGGAAGUGGGGAAAGGGACCUUUUGUUGGCACCUACAAGUUAGAUGUACCCGCUAGUAAUACGCAUGAGCAAUUAAAUUUGGGGAGCUCCUCACUAUUACCAAUUGAGAAGGCAAUGGCUUCUGUCUGUCUUGUCACUAUUGGUGAUGGAGUAUGGGCAUCUGGCAUUUUGUUAAACAGUCAAGGUCUCGUAUUGACCAAUGCCCAUCUGUUGGAACCAUGGAGAUUUGGGAAAACACAUGUAAGUGGUGGUGGAAAUGGAACCAACUCAAAAACACUUCCUUUCAUGUUGGAGGGAACCACAUCUCUCGGAAACAAAAUUGAGAGCGAUCAAAUUAGUCAAACUUUGCAUUCGAAGGUUCCAGUUCAUUAUCCUUUUGCUGCUGAUGAGCACGGGGGGUAUAAGUUGAAUCCAAGUUAUGACAACCAUAGAAAUAUUCGCAUACGACUUGAUCAUAUCAAACCUUGGGUUUGGUGUGAUGCUAAAGUAGUGUAUAUCUGUAAAGGACCAUGGGAUGUAGCCUUACUGCAGAUUGAAUCUAUUCCAGAUAAUCUUGUACCUAUGGUAAUGAACUUUUCCAGACCUUCUACAGGAUCAAAAGCAUACGUAAUUGGCCAUGGAUUAUUUGGCCCAAAGUGUGGAUUCUUCCCAUCUGUUUGCUCUGGUGUGAUAGCAAAAGUGGUUGAAGCAAAAACAACUCAAUCUUAUCAGUCUAUUCAAGCUGAACAUAUGCAUACCAAUGGGAACUUCCCAGCAAUGCUAGAAACUACAGCUGCUGUUCAUCCUGGUGCUAGUGGGGGUGCUGUUAUCAAUUCAGAUGGUCACAUGAUUGGCCUGGUUACAAGCAACGCAAGGCAUAGCGGAGGAGCUGUAAUACCGCAUCUUAAUUUUAGCAUUCCAUCUGCUGCUUUGGCACCCAUCUUCAAGUUCGCCGAAGACAUGAAGGAUUUAUCACUUCUACAGAUUCUAGACGAACCGAACGAAUACCUUUCAUCUAUAUGGGCAUUGAUGCGACCAUCAUACCCCAAGCUCCAUUCUGUGCCUGGUUCACCUCAGUCUCUUGUAGACAAGAAAAGCAAAGAAGAGAAAGGUUCUCGAUUUGCUAAGUUUAUUGCUGAAAGAAAGGAUAUUUUCAAUGACUCUUCUCAUAUUGGAAAGAGUGGAGUGGUUCCUAAGGAAGUUAUUCCUAGUAAGUUAUGAUCUCAGUUGAAAUUCAUCAAGUUUACUUUGUGAUCUAAUUUUCAGACUGGGAUAUUCUGCAAGGAAAUGAAUAUUUGAAAGUCUAUCGAU